AUGCUUAGUGUUCUUGCAAAGCGCGCAUUCUACCAAUGUCAAACCUCGCCGUUCCUUCACUCGCUCAAAAGUCGAUUUGGUUGGAGUCGGAACGAACGAUAUCGACGACGAUUGGAAGAACUGAAAAGGAAAAUUGAGCAAAAAUCGACACAGGAAUUACCGUAUCAGAAAGAUUUAAUUCCAGUACGUCCACCCAAGGAUCUGUGGAAAGCAUGUGGAUUUACUGUUGGAUUGUUGAAAAAAAAAGAGUUUUGGGGACAGUUGAAACCGUUCUCGCCAUAA